GAUUAGAGGUUUCAAAAGGGCGGAGUCGUGAAAAUGUUAUUUCCACGAAGUAGAGAAAUAUUAGAAAUAGUCCAGACAUACAUUCAUUAUCUUGGAUUUGGGAAACGAUCCAUCCCAAUGUGGCAACAAGUUUUUGACUUAUGAUCACUUGUUUCCCCAAACCCAGUUUAUAAAAUAAUGCAAUAUUUUCGUAUCUCCUUUUAGACCAUGCAUUCUACUUUCGGAGUGCGGCAUCAUUAUUCGGUAGGAGGGGUUCGUGACAAGAUGGCGAUUCACAGGAAAAUUUGUUCAUUUCCUCUCCCAAGAUUGUCGGCUGUUUUCCUCAUUUUGGCACGUGCUCUUUGCGCUCAAAGUCAGACGACAGUUCCAAACGAAGAUAUUAAAUGCGACCCAGAGGAAAUCGAGGAAGAUGAAGUAUUGAAUCAACAUCGAUAUGAUAGCUUAAAUUUGUUGUUGUUUCUGUCGCUUCUGGUGUUGACAAUUUUGACGAUCUGGCUGUUUAAGGCCCAUCGAUUUCGGUUUAUUCAUGAGACAGGCCUAGCAAUGAUUUACGGUGCUGUGGUGGGCGCCAUAGUCUGGAACACAGCUGAAAUCAGCGGCCAGGUACCAUUACGCUUUGAAAGCAGCGCCCCGGAAUGUGAUGUCGUGAAAGCCAGCUCUAGCAUACAUGUGGCACUUCGGUAUCCUAGCAACGAUACCCUUACCUUCCUGUACAGCCGAAAGGGUAUCAUCAAGGAAACUAAUUAUUCUGUACCAUCUGCAUUCGUUGAAAAGGUGAACUUUGACCCGGAAGUGUUUUUCAACAUGUUACUGCCACCUAUCAUCUUCUACGCAGGCUACAGCCUCAAACGGCGUCACUUCUUCCGCAAUUUGGGCUCAAUUCUAACUUAUGCCAUGAUUGGAACCGCUAUCUCUUGUUUUGUAGUUGGAGGCAUCAUGUUUGGUCUGGUCUCCAAGGCAAUGGGACGGACAGAUUUCAGCCUCCAAGACUCGUUCCUCUUUGGUGCUUUGAUCUCGGCUACAGACCCGGUGACUGUUUUAGCAGUAUUUCAAGAUCUGAAAGUCGACGUGGACAUGUUUAUUCUGGUCUUUGGAGAAAGCGUUCUUAACGAUGCUGUGGCCAUCGUCCUCUCAAGGACAGUUCAGUCCUAUGAGAGCGACACCUUUGAAGCUGGUCCCAUCUUCAAGUCUCUGGGAAUCUUCAUUGGGGUCUUUGUGGGGUCGUUUGCCAUUGGAUCGGUCAUGGGAAUCAUAACAGCCUUGGUCACAAAAUUCACCCGGAUCCGUGACUUCCCUCUACUUGAGACUGGCAUCUUUUUCAUCAUCUCCUACAUGUCCUACCUGAUCGCAGAGGCUGCUCAACUAACUGGAAUCGUGGCGGUGCUGUUCUGUGGGAUCAUGCAGGCCCACUACACCUACAAUAACCUCUCAGAGGACUCCAAGAAGCGCACCAAGGAGGUGUCAGAGCUGACCCAGUUCCUGGCUGAGAGUUUCAUCUUUUCCUACAUGGGCAUCUCUAUGUUCAACCCAAGGAACCAGUACUGGGACGCUGGCUUCAUCUUCUCUGCUAUCUUUGCCAUCCUCGUGGGUCGAUGCGUCAAUAUUUAUCCGUUGUCCUUCUUGCUAAAUCUCGGUCGAAGGCAGAAGAUUCCGUGGAACGUCCAGCACAUGCUCAUGUUUUCAGGUUUAAGAGGGGCCAUAGCCUUCGCUCUAGCCAUCCGUAACACCGCCACGACGGCACGGCAACUGUCGCUAACGGCAACCCUCGUCAUCGUUCUGAGCACCGUGGUGCUGUGUGGAGGCAUGACAACGCAGAUGUUGACGUGGUUGAAAAUAAGGGUCGGGGUGUCGGACGAGGAUACGACCCAGCCCGGGAUGCAGGUCGUUGGGUCGCAGCAGACUGAGCAUGACGUAAGAUUAAGGAAGAGAUAUGAACAAGCCUGGAUUGUGAGACAGUGGUAUGAUGUAGACUACAAAUUUUUCAAACCUAUCUUCACAAGGAAAGGUGCAGAUCUGAAGGAGACUCUACCUACCUGCUGUUAUCCCAUUGCUAGAUGUCUCACUGUGAGGGAUGAGCACAUUGAUGAAGACAGCGACAGUGACUUGAUCCUGGAGGAUAAUAGCUCCUCUGCAGAGCAGCAUUCGACCUCCCAAACCGACCCAAACCAGACAGCCAAUCACACGGAAGAUGACACAGGAUUGGACGGUGACCUAGGCCUGGGAAACAUUCAGAUUAAAGGCCUGAGUCUACAACAGACACCCACUCAAGUAUAAAUUGGAAAUACUCACGCCAAACAAAUAGUAGUAUCUAUAGUGUAUUGUGCUUGUUAUUUUAUGUUUUUUUGUAUCAUGUUAUGUUUGCAGAUAUUCUUUAGGAAAACUUGUAUUGCCAAUUGAUUGAACUUGAUUAAUUUUGUUGUCAGAGAGGCUUGAUUCUUUGACUGGGAGACGUGGAGAGGCUUGAUGGUGGCAGAUAGAUGGGUCCUUUUCCACAGUUGUGCACUUGCUUGCCCACUCCCAGAACUGGCAACAGACCCAAUUUGUCUGCUGCCACUAAGUGUCUCAAAGUCUCCAUUAGUGUGUACACACAGACUAGUCUGGUUCCCUGCCCCAAAAUUCCCUGACGACCCUUGAUAAAGAAUUUUAGGUCAGGCAUCACCCACGGAUAUAAAUUGAUAUGAUGCAAGGGUUAGAGGUCACAAGUUGAAGCCCGGAUGUUUUUGAUUUCAUUCCCUUACUUGGUGGGUUCCAAGUCAGCUGAGUGUUCCCUUAUGAGGCGCACUUGAAAAAAUCUCAGAAAUUUCAAAAUCAUACAUCAACAUGUUUGAAAUUCUUCAAUCAGUUCUUGUACAGCAACAUUCCCUCCACGCACACACCAAUCAACAAGUAAGUUGUUUGUAACUUUGUUAAUAUAUACCAAUGCAUGAUUGUCGACGGUUUACGUUCAACAAGCCCACCUACCCGACAGGGAGUAACCGAACAUCAACGGUACAAUUCGGUACCGAACAUGCAGAAUGUAGACGGGACAACUUUGGAAUAUUUCGGCAAUCUCCGGAAAACUGGAGGAAUUCCUCCAGUCCUGGUCACAUGACAUCGGGUGAUAUCAGACCCUUGAUUCGUCGUCAGAAUCAUCGGGUCUGGUAUCCAGACUACACACAGACAUAAAGAAAUUAUCCAUACUUGUGAAGACAUGAUACUGUUGUCUAAAACCAAUCAUUUUAGAUCUGAUUAUGAGUCACUCAUUUUUAACCUCAUGCUAAGGUUCUUUUGUGCCGUCCUUCAAAUAUUUUGUGAAUCCACAAGCAAGCAGAGCUUUGCUCAGAUCCUUCGUGGUUUGAUAUUGCCAAAAGUCUUUGUAAAUGUGCAACACAUUUAUCAUAACAUAUCAUGGCCAAUGAAUCAUGUUUAUGUAACAUUGCCCUUAGGUGUGUUUGAUAAUAUCAUUGGUUGUGAUGUAAGCACUCGGCAGCAUUAAUGACAAGUUGUUUGUAACUGAACUGUAAUUCUCAGGUUUGGGUUUUGCUGGAAUGGAGAACAUCCAAGUGAAACCAAAGUAUUGUAUAAAGGCAGAAAAGAAGGAAACUUGACAAAAAAGCUUUAUUCUUUUUGUGAAUUUUUUAAGGAUUAAACCUGUUAUAUAUUUCAUUUUAGUUCUCGAAGUUAAUGACAUUUUUUAAGACUUUAGAAUUCGUACCUCCCUGUCCUUGAACCGUUUAUGUUUUUGUUCUUUUCCUGUGAAAUUCAUAGUUUUGCCUAUUUUGCUUUACUUGUUUAAUUACUUGCCUCUUACUUGUUCAAAAGCGAUUCAAUUUGACUUCUUAACUUGACUUGACAUGUUGGAUUUAGGGGAAGGUUUGUAUCACUAAAAACCUUUCCUAGGAGCAAAUUAAAAUUCAAAGUUUAAUUCACAGUUUGUCACCCCAUUUGCUAUUCUUUGAGUAUCAUUAUUUUAUCCCCCUGCACAGUGAUUUGUUAUUUAGUUGUCAUUCCAUUCACUGUUCCUCAAAGCCUGUACUUCAUCAUCUGCUCAGUCUGCAGAAAGGUCUCGCGGAAAUAAUGUACUGUAUGUAAAUAGAUUUGUGCAUACAUGGAGAUUGUGUCCAAAUGACUUGGCUGUGGCUUGAAAUUACAUAUGAGAUAUGGUAAUGGCUGUAGCCUCAUCCCAUAGAGUCGUGUAAAUUCAAGCCGCAUCCAACUAUAUGUGCUAUUAGCAUAUGUCUGGCUAUUUUCUAUUUAUCUGUUGACUAUGUAGCCAUGUAUCUCGGACAAAAUAAUGGCUUUCAGAUUAAAACUGAAUGAAGUGUGCUUGCCUUUUCAUUUGGUUUUAAGUUGAUAUAUGGCAGUGUAAUUACCCAAAAUGAUGAGAUGUGUGUACAUGUAUAUGACCUUGGGUUAUUUCUAGUCGCAAAUUAAAAGGAAAGAGGAAUUGGUAGACUAGUUUUUACUCUUCUGUAUGCACAAAAGAACUGAAAAAAGGAAAGUCUUCAACAACAGUCCUAAAAUCUCCCAAUCUUCGUAUGAUUUUACUUACACUUUAGGAGGUUAGUGUUAAUUAGUAAGUGGGUCUGCUCUAGCCUUCUGUUAUUGUGAACAUGGUGAAGGUCGUAAAGAUGGAGAUCCCUUCUCCAAUGGCUAUUCUGAUUGGCUGUCAGGGAUAUGCAUAUGAAUGAGAAAGAACUUAUACAGAUGGGAAAGGACACUGUUUUGACCAUAUGAUAUGUGUGCAUCUAGGUAUAAAAUGAAAUGAUGAAAGCAGCUGUGUACAAACAAACUGUCAAGGAACAGUUUAUGAAUUUCACUUCAAUGUUACAAACUCCACGGAGAGUUGACUUUUAGUUACUAUGGAUUAUAAUAUUAUAAUUAUUCAUAACUACCCAAGACAGAUAGCCAUUUCUAUUGGUUGAGAGCCCAUCAUAUGGUUAAUUGGUCUUAAACAGUUGAUAAAGCACUGGCUGCUUGUGCCUUGCCUUGUGCAGUAAGUGCCGCACGCACACAGGCGCCAUAUAAAGGAAUUAUUUACAAUUUCUCUUGCGAAGAACAUACCAUAACAUGGUCAGGGGGUGUUUUAAGAUACUGCAAUAAAAUUCCUUAACAACCUCGUUGGAAAUUUAUAAUUGUGACUCUAAAGGUCUUUAUGAUAAACAGUCAGGAAAAUGGAGGCAAUAUCCCUCAGCUUUACCGUCCUUGAGCAUUAUGAGUCUCCUUUGUCCUGAUAUAGUCUUAACUGAACAUUUUUAGACCAAACAAGCACCUAUACAGUUCCCAAAUUGAAUGGAUGGAAAAUACCGGAAUGGGAUGUGUAGUUGAUCUUUUCUGAAUCAUCACAGUGCUAAGCCAGAAGCCACAUUUUGCAACCAUUGUCUUUCUGAUGUUGGUAUGAUUUUGCUACUUUUAUUAUUAAAAAAAAAUUGAAAAUCAUGAAAAAAUGAUUACGGAAUGUUUUCAGAGCUCAGUACAUGUUACGUUGGGUUCCAAAGCUCACUUGUUAUAUCUAUCUAUGCAUUGCUAUGUAACGGUAGAAAAGGUGUCCUGAAGUGAUUAAUUGAGCUUAAUUAUAUGGUCAUCAUGUGACAGUUGUUAUACUAAUGUGACACGGUACUUUAUGUAAUUAAAUAUGCAUUGCUUAGUUGUUAACACAUUGUAUAUAUGAAAUGUGAAUAUUGCUAUUGUAAGACAUGGCAAAAAAAUAAAAUGUGUUUGUUUAUGCUAA